AUGGAGGAAACUCAUCCUCUCGCGGAGGAGCUCGCAAAAACCGAAACCGCUCAACAUCUCGACAACCACCGAAGCUCCACCGACCGUGGAGGUGCGCCAAACCGCGCCAAGCAACAACACCAACGGAAGGUGAUGUUCCGCCUGCUUUGCCACGUCAGCACUGCCAGCGGUGUAAUAGGUUGCUCGGGUUGUGUAGUCAGGGGUCUCGAAAACCUGACGGGUUCGAGAAUUUUUUUCCAACACGUCGUUCCCAACUGCCUUGAGCGCUUGAUCCACAUUCUGGGCGAUUCCGCCGUGGAGAAGAAGAUAUUUGUGGGGAAAGAUGGAGGAGGAGGAGGAGGAGAUGGUGAACUUGUGGGUGUCUCUAAAGCCCAGGAGGGUUUGCUUAGGGUUUUCGAGAGGAUUCUGCAGUUGGAAGGGGAUGCUGGAGUAGAAGAGGAUGGCGAUGGUAGGAAUGGGCUCGUCGGGUGUCGGUUAUUGGCCUGGAAUGGUCAAAUCGGGGUCGUGAUGGGAAAAGGAGGGAAAAUCAUCGAGGGGAUACAGAAACGGACCGGAGCAAAGAUUAAGGUUCUGCCGAAGGAGACGAAUCCUGAAUGUGCAGGCCAUAAUGACGAGCUGAUUCAGAUCACGGGUGGUGUUGUGGCUGUAAAGAAAGCACUGCUUGCUGUUUCGAGUCGUCUCCAGACCAAAGUUCUUGAGAAGCGAGAUCCUGGAGUCAUGUCCUCCCAUGGGCCGUGGCACAAUUUACAUGCGGACUUGAGUCCAGAAAAUAGUCGUAAUACACCAUCCUUUCCUGGGAAUGCAGUUGAGCCUCAUUCUAUUGGCCAUUCUUUAUCGGCAGAAGUCGAGGCUGUUCCUAAUCUAGAUGAAGAUAAUUCCCUGAGAAAGGUGGUUUUCAGAUUUUUAUGUUCUGAUGAAAUAGCUGGUUGUGUGAUUGGAAAGAGUGAACAAGCUUUUAAGUCUUUCCAAGAAGAAACUGGGGCUUUGAUACAGUUCACAUCACCUUUGUCCGGCUCAAAAGAUCAUGUUGUCAUCAUCUCGGCGUUGGAGAGUCGGGAUCCACUGUACUCUCCUACACAAGUGGCUCUUGUUCGUGUUUUUGACAGAUGCGUAGAGUCUGCCAUUGCCAAGGGGUUGAUAUUAAGAUCUGGGACCUCGAAUAUUAUACCUGCAAGAAUUCUGGUCAAGUCGAGUCAAGUUAGUUGCUUGCUGGAGGGUGAAAGGAUUGUUUCAGGUUUAAAUGCUGCUUCGGGUGCUGAGAUACAAUUAAUGGGAGAUGAUUUAUUGCCCACGUGUGCUGGAGUCAAUGAUUGUCUGGUCCAGAUUACGGGCGACUCUGAGAGCGUUAAGGCAAUUCUGUUUCAACUUGCUGGAAGAUUGAGGGAAUACUUCUUUUCUGAAGUGGGACCUGAAGAAACAGAAAACUGCAGUCAUGAAUCGCAUCAAACUACUCCUAGCAGUCCUAUAGGUUGCUCGUCAGCUACUUCAACUCAACUGGAUCAACUGUCAACACUUUCUUCUGUGGAUAAACUGGAUCCAAUUGGGUUUGUACAGAUAUCAGGUACAAGUGUGACCCUGCAAGAUCCUUCUCGUGGAGGAAGUUUGGAGGAAGUUCCGGGAAGGUGA